CAAAGCUCCGCGAGAAGAGACAGGGGUAUUGCCGCCUUUGAAAUGUAUUAUUCAAAUUGGAUUCCAUUUUUUCUGCUACUGCUCAAGUGUCUCAGCUGUCAACCUUUGCCUUACUCUGGCAAUGUCCAUGAUUCGGAUUCCGCUGAACUGGAUUUGAUUGCGGCCGUUGAACGUGAAGAGAAAUUGCUCGGCGAUGAAAUCGAACAAAUAAUACGCAGUACUUUACCCCAACUGCCCGCAGGCCAGGGCUACGACGCAGAUCGUGAAUUAUUUCGUAAAUUUCUAAACGAAGCGGAAAAUUUGAAAUCAAAUCGUGGUGAUCGUUUGGCUAAGGAAUUUCAAUAUAGCAAAACUUUUUCGAAUAUUGUGGAAAAGUAUCGGGAGGCAGGGAGGAGUUCAUCGGCGGAACAUCAAAAUGUUGUAAAGAUUUUGAAGAAAAAUGGUUUUAGGGAGUUUGUGAACCGUUUGGAGACAUUUAAUAAAAGGAAGAUUUAAAUAA